CCCAGCGUAGUGAAAGCAGCCAAGGAAGGAGGCGGGGUUCUGGCGAGAUCAACCUACCCCAUUUUCCCACCCUUCUCUUCCAACCUCUGCUCAGGCCCCUAGCUCAAUUCCAGCCUUUGCUGCAGCUGCUCUCCAGCCAUUUGCAGGACCCAAACAACCUCAACCACUGUUCCCAGGAUGGUGAUCCGCGUGUAUAUUGCAUCUUCCUCAGGCUCUACGGCGAUUAAGAAGAAACAGCAAGAUGUGCUUGGUUUUUUAGAAGCUAACAAAAUAGGAUUUGAAGAAAAAGAUAUUGCUGCCAAUGAAGAAAAUCGGAAGUGGAUGAGAGAAAAUGUACCUGAAAAUAGUCGACCAGCCUCAGGGUACCCCCUACCACCUCAGAUUUUCAAUGAAAGCCAGUACCGUGGGGACUAUGAUGCCUUCUUUGAAGCCAGAGAAAAUAAUGCAGUGUAUGCCUUUUUAGGCUUGACAGCCCCACCAGGUUCAAAGGAAGCAGAAGCGCAGGCAAAGCAGCAAGCAUAACCCUUAAACAUUCUGCCUUAUGCAUCCUGGAAAAGGAAUCUCCAUUAUUUUUAUAAAAAUAGCAGAAUUAUCUUGGCUUCAAAAUAAAUAGGUUGUCUUGAAAUAAUAGCUUCGUUGGUGUUUUUGCAUGCUAACAAUCAAACUGAAUACAUAAUGAAAUGUGAAUGUUAUGAUAAGGAGAAUGUGAAUGAACAUAAAAUAUUAAGUAGAUGUUAUGGAAUAGUUUUGUUAUCUGCCAAAAGAUUUUAUGUACUUCAAUGAUUUUAUAAAGCAAACAUUUCUGUACUUUGUUGGUAUUAUUAUUGCAGCUUAAGUAUAUCUGUAGCUCUACAUUGAGGAAUUUAAAAAGGAGAGAAAGAAUCUGUCUUUUGUUCCCAAAUUGCCUCAUUAAUUUUUUUGUGAAUAAAAACAUGUAUCUUUUUGAUGUGAUGUUAUUGUGACUAAAAAGUAGUUGCAGGUAAUUUUUAUGAUAUGGAAGACAUUGUAAUUUCCAAAGGUAAUUAUAACAUUCCCAUUAUUUUGUAGUUGAAACCUAUAUGUACUGGAGUACAGGUUUUCCAGGCUUUUAAAUUUAGCCUUUCAUUGCAUAUUUCAGUGAUUAGAAGAGAUGACCUCCCACAAAAUAAUGCCUUUGUUUGACAGAUUUUUUUGCUUAACUACGCAGCAUAAUGAUGUAAUCAUGUUUCAUAGUUGCUUGCUCCAGUGAAAUAUGCAUACAUAUGUUAUGAAAGUGGGAUGAUAAAUACAUUUAAAGUGUCAUUCUUUUGUAAAGAGCUCAGACUUUUAAUUAACUGUUAUAAAAUAGGUCAGCAUUAAUUGCUUAAGUCUAUUUUGGGGGUCUUUGAUAGCAGUAUAUUAGUGGUUUCCUUCUUUUAAAAUAAAUUGUGAUCACAAAUGCCACUAUCUCUCAGAUAUUUGAUCUUUGUAUUUCAUCAUGGCCACAUACUAUAUGAAUAUAUUAAUCUAAGUACAGGGAAUAUUUUCUCUGCCUCUAUUCCAGUUAAUAGUAUAAGUAUCAGAUAAAAAGAGGUCAAUUUUAAAAUGUUAAUUCGAAAGACUUCUAAGAUGACAAGAAACAUCAUGGCCUGAGUCACCUACCCACAAGAAAUAUACAUUGUAUUUUAGUUCCACACUACUUUAUUAAUAAAACACUUUUUAAAAUUACUUUUUCGUUGUCAUUUGAAGUAUUUAAGUCUGUGCUCUGCUAAAAUCAACAUAUAAUGAAAUCAUGGCUUUGUUUACUGGGAUUCAAACUUAAUGUGAUGCCUUAAAAUAAACUCAGUACUGUUAGAAAUACAAUUGAUGAGUUCCUGGAGUUUCUAAAUAGUUUAAUAAUGAAUUUUGGUGAGCAGUGCAAAUUUUUAGAGAUAUGAUAACAAAGAAAACAUUUUGGAUGCAAUUUCUAAAUUUCAUUUUUAGGUUCCUAAAUUUUGCAGUACACACUAGAGUCAAACAAAACAUAUUCCAUUGUUUUGUGUAUAAAAAUAUACUCUGGAGAAUACUAGAGAAAACAGGGUGUUUUGUAAUAGAUUCUGUAAAAUGUUUUUAAAAAUUGAUCAAUAAUUUUUUUCCUGAGCUUUAUUAAAUGCUAAUGAUGCUACUUGCAAUAAUCUGUGUGGACAUUUUCAUUUAUUUUAGUAUCAAAUAAGUUAACACUAUCAAAAACAAACAGUCUUCAAAAAUAGAUGACCUUUUUGAGAUGUUUGUAUCUACUAGACUGUACCUUACAAAGAACAGAUAUGUAUAUUUUAGGAAGAUUGAGUCUUCCUAAAAUGAAAUCUUUCAUUUUAUCAGCUGAGCACUAUAUGUCUGGUAGAUACAAGAACAGGAAGGUAACUUCUGAUUAUUAAGGUGAGUUUUAUAAAUAAUUUUCACAAAAUUUGCCUGCACAAUUAUGUUGAUAUCACCAACUUUAUCCAUUAAUCAGUUGAGAGACAUCAAGUUGUUUCCACUUUUGGCUAUUAUACAUAAUUUUUCUAUGAAUAUUCCUGUACAAUUUUUUUCAAAAUUUGUUUUUAGUUUUUUGGAGUGUAUAUAAGUCAUGUGGUAGUUCUAUGUUUAAAAAUUUGAGGAUCUGCCAAAAUUUUCCAAAGUUGCUGCACUAUUUUACAUUGUUACCAGCAGUAUAUGAGGAUCCUAAUUUCUUCAUUUUCUGCCUGACAGUUGUUAUUAUUUGUCUUUUUUAAUAUAGUCAUUUUAGU